AGCAUGUCUGGUCGUGGUAAAGGUGGUAAGGGGCUCGGUAAAGGGGGCGCGAAGCGCCACCGCAAGGUCCUGCGCGACAACAUCCAGGGCAUCACCAAGCCCGCCAUACGGCGCUUGGCCCGGCGCGGCGGCGUCAAGCGCAUCUCCGGGCUCAUCUACGAGGAGACCCGCGGGGUGCUGAAGGUGUUCCUGGAGAACGUGAUCCGGGACGCCGUCACUUACACGGAGCACGCCAAGCGCAAGACGGUCACGGCAAUGGACGUGGUCUACGCGCUCAAGCGCCAGGGCCGAACCCUGUAUGGUUUCGGCGGCUGAGACCGAACUUGCAACCUCGGAUUUUGCAGUAAAA